UGAACGCAGCACGGCCGUUGCUCUUUAAAGGCGCAUGAAAGGCUGAGCGGCGGUUAUGUAAUGUGGGUGAAAGAGGAAGAAAGAGGAGAGGAAGAGGAGUGAAUGGAAGACAGCAGCAGGAGGAGCAGGACAGGUCUCUGCAUCAGCGAUGGAGCUCAGUGUGGCUAAAACCUUAAUGUUAACAGGAGGGGUUCUCCUUCUUCCUGUAGUCGCCUUUGUUACCUCCUACCUCUUCUGGCCCGGACUGCUCCUGAAGGCCUAUAACUGGUACUGGCGCCGCAGGCUAGGAAUGGUGGUCCGGUAUUCUUACAGAGGAAGUUAUCGAUUCUGUUAUUCAAGCCGUGGAACACCAGGAGGCGCCACACCAUCUCUGCUGCUGCUGCACGGUUUUUCUGCCACCAAGGACAUGUGGCUGCCAGUCAUCAAUUUCCUCCCUAAAAACCAGCAUGUGGUUUGUGUGGACAUGCCUGGACAUGAAGGAACGAGUCGAACUGGUGCAGAAGAUUAUAGCAUCCUGGGACAGGCCAACAGAAUCCAUCAGGUCGGUCCAUCCAUUCUAUUCUCAUCAUUUAGAAAUGAUUCUUUAUGA